CGAAUCGCUCUAUGUAAGAAAGUUACAGGGUCUCAAAUCUCAGAACAUCCAAUAUUCAACAUGUCUUCUAUCAAGCCCCUCAUCCUACACGCCCAUACCACCGGCCCCAACCCUUUCAAGGUGGCCAUCCUCCUUGAGGCUCUCAACAUCCCAUACGCCGUCAAGCUCUGGCAGUUUGGAGAUGCACCCAAUGGUGUCAAGGGUGAACGCUUCCUCAAGAUCAACCCCAAUGGCCGCGUUCCAGCUUUGGAAGAUCCCAAUACGAAUGUAACCAGCUGGGAAUCUCUUGCAUGCAUGAACUACAUCCUCCGCGUCUAUGAUACCGAGAACAAGUUUGGUGCACGACAGGAAGCUGGUGAACAAGGACGAGCUGAUGUCGACGCGUGGACCAGCUUCCUUGUUAGCACUCUUGGGCCAUUCUUAGGUCAGUGUAAUUGGUUUCGUCAUUAUAACAACGUCAAGAAUGAGAAUGCAUAUGAGAGAUAUCAAGCCCAGGCCUAUCGAUGCUUUGGAGUUUUGGAGGAGCAGCUGAAGAAACACGGUGGAGACUGGGUCUUGGCCGGGGAUAGGCCGAAUGUCGUUGACUUUCACUUUGAGCCUUGGAUGAGACAGUAUGAGUAUGCUGGUUUGAGUUUGAAUGAUUAUCCAAAGGUGAAGGCGUGGUUGGAUCGUGUCCAGGCGUUGCCUGAGGUGAAGCGAGCGUAUGAGAAGAUCAAGGCUGGGGAGGAGGUUUAAACACAACAAGUGUAAAGCGAGAUACUUAGAUUUGUCGAAAUACAACCCAAUUGUUAC